GUCAUCCUGAUCAGCUUGCCGCCGGUCGACCUUUCACCUACUUUCUCUCACGCUGACAGCCUGUAGUUGUGUUGAUGUCCGCUGUGCUGCCGGGGACGACAAACCGACCGUCAUCUAAGUGCUACAGAGCUGUUAGCCCUUUCUGAUCUGCCCAUAAAGCUGCCUGGAGCAAAUCGUUCCGAAAUGUUGAUGAGCACUUUUGUACGUUUGGCCCUGCCUGCUCUGCAGAGGAGCACCUCUGCCGUGACCUGCCAGGCUCUGAGGGUUUGCCGUAAGCCGGGGCCAACUGCAGCUCCACUACCUCCUUGCCUGAUUUCAUUAAAUCUUCGUGGGCGGCACACACUGGAGUCUGCCUCCCUCCCUUUGUCUCGCCACCUAGUGAGGCAUGUCCGAGCUCUGGAUGAUGACAGGCUGAUGGAGGUGGAGUGGGAGGAUGGAGGGCACAGUCUGUACCCAUUCACCUGGCUGAGAGACAACUGCCAGUGUCCACUGUGUACCCUACAAUCUGCUCAGGCUCGCACACUCUUGCUGGCUGAUCUUGACAUCCACACAGGAGUAGAUGUUGUGGAGGUCACCAAUGACAACAAGGUUUCCAUCAUAUGGCCCGACCAGCACGUCAGCGUGUUUGAUGCGGAGUGGCUGAAGAAACGCUGUUUCUCUCCUACUGCCAGACGGGCAACGCAGGAAGAGCUUUUCCUCAACCAGCGUUAUUAUUGGGACUCCAAACUGUGCAUUCCCACAGCAGACUUUGACGAAGUCCUCCGUGACGAUAAGGCUGCGCUCGCUUGGCUCUUGGCCCUGCGUCGUGUUGGCAUCGUCUACCUGAAGGGGGCUCCUGCAGAGCGAGGCCAAGUGGCCAGACUGGCUGAGAGGAUUGGCUAUCUCAGGCUGACAUUUUACGGGCACACAUGGCAGGUCCAGGACAAACCCAUGGCAAACAAUGUAGCCUACACUUCAGGAAAGCUCAGUCUGCAUACAGACUACCCAGCAUUACACUUUGCACCUGGAGUGCAGUUUCUGCACUGCAUCGAGCAGGCUAAGGAAGGAGGGGAGAGCGAAGUGGUGGACGGCUUCCACAUGGCUGAGCAGCUGCAGAGAGAAGACCCAGAGGCCUUCCAGACACUCAGCUCGCUGCGCGUGGACUUCACCGACACUGGGACAGAUUACUGCGACUUCAUGCUGCAGUCCAAGAACCGCAUCAUUGAAGUUGAUGCAGAUGGCCGAGUCGUGAAGAUAAACUACAAUAACGCCACCAGAGACUCAGUGCUGGACAUCCCCUUACAUCAGGUUCAACCCUUCUACAGAGCACUGAAGGCGUAUGUGGAUAUCAUGAACCAACCCGAGAAUGUGGUCACCUAUAGGAUGGAGCCAGGUGACAUCGUAACCUUUGAUAACUGGCGUCUGCUUCACGCCCGGAGGAGCUACAUUAGCAGGCCGGACAGGCUCCGACACCUCGAGGGUUGUUACCUGGACUGGGACGAAGUCAUGUCUCGUCUCCGGAUUCUCCGCAAAGCGGUCCAGGUGCACGGCCGCUUUGAAAUGAGCAGCUUUAAAGCCUUUGCAAAAAAUUUAAGCUGAAUGUCUGUUGUGAAUGCUGAGAGGGCAGAGUGCAAACAAGUUGACCUGUCAGACAGAUCAAGAUCAUGAGCUGAAUCUCUGACUCUAUAAUCAAACUAAUAAAUCAUAAAUAUUUUUUUAAAAAAAUAGUUAUUUACAGAAAAGUUUACCUGAUGACAGGAAUGCCACGGAUAUGUAACAUAGUGCAACACAGCAAUGCAAGAAUGAAGAAAAACGCCUCAGUCUUAAAUUUAAAGGUGUUUUAAAACUGACAGGUUUUUAUGACUUUUUACAAGCUUAAUGAUGAGAUUUUAUGUUGUCCUGGGUGCUCCUUUCUGAUUCUGAUAUUUAAUUUCUAUUCAUGGUGAAAUAUUUGGCUCAAGAUGUCCUGUUCCUGAAAUAGCUCCCUUUUUUCUGCACUGUUCUGAUUCAUGAGUCUGAAACUUAUUGUCUAUUACUGUAUGGUGGCAUCUCUAUUACUGUGUAUAAGGAACAUUUAACAAGGGGGUGAUUUCAGACAGAGCCUCUAUAAAUCCAAGUUUCUGAUUGGUUUGGUUUUUUUCCUCCCCUCGCUGCAGUAUCUUGCUACCUCUCCUGUUUGAUCCUGUGCCUGUGUGAAGGAUGUGCUGUCCUUCACGUUCCUUUCAUUCUGUACAGUUGCACUUUCAGAAAUGCCUUAUGCUACAGGACAGCAUUGUAUGACUGGUUAUGCUAUACAUGCUCGAGCUGUCCACAGGCAUUUCUAUAUUUGGUGACUUGAAAUUUUAAUCUACGUUAUUUUAUUUUUUUUGCUUCUGAUGCUAAA